AUGACUUUCCUUUUGCGAAUUACUAAUUUCAAAGAAGGAAUACACAGGAAAAUGGCAGACAAAAAUCUUACUAUCAUUGAAGAAUUUAUUCUCUUGGGAUUUUCUGAACUUCCCAAUUUUCAAGGAUUUCUCUUUGCUAUUUUUCUAUUCCUUUAUAUAAGUAUCCUAUUAGGGAAUGGUCUCAUCAUCGUAAUCACUAAUGUGAAACCAUCUCUUCAAACACCCAUGUAUUAUUUCCUUGGAAACUUCUCUUUUGUGGAAAUUUGUUACACAUCAGUCACCCUACCCAGAAUGCUUAUGAAUCUUUGGAGUCAAAAGAGAAACAUUUCUUUACUGUCAUGUGCUGUACAAAUGUGUUUGUUUCUUAUUCUGGCUACCACAGAGAGUUUCCUCCUGGCGGUGAUGGCUUAUGAUCGUUAUAUGGCAAUCUGUAAGCCCCUUUAUUAUCCUCUAAUCAUGAACCACAAAAUGUGUGUGCAGAUGGUGAUUGGUUCCUGGAUCACUGGAAUUCCAGUUUUAAUAGGACAGACAUACCAGGUCUUCUCUUUGCCCUUCUGUGGUUCUAACAAACUCAAUCAUGUUUUUUGUGAUAUGCCUCCAGUAAUGAAAUUAGCAUGUGGAGACACAUCUUGGCAUAAGUUCUUUAUUUAUAUUGAUUGUUUCCUAUUUGGUUUGAUUCCCUUUUUCUUGAUACUCUUCUCUUACAUCAGAAUCCUUAGUGCUGUUCUGAAACUCCCAACCACCAAUGGCAGAUCCAAAGCAUUCUCUACUUGCUCCUCUCAUCUUAUUGUUGUUUGCUUAUUCUAUGGUUCUGGUCUCAUUGCUUAUCUACUGUCUAUGUCCAGUUACUCAGACAGAAUAGAGAAGAUCUUCUCUCUAAUAUACACUGUAGUGACACCAAUGUUUAAUCCUUUGAUAUAUAGUCUGAGGAACAAGGACUUCACUAAGGCAAUGAAAAAACAUAUAUUAUUUGAACACAGUGAUCUAAACGUGGGUCAGAAGUUUACAACUGUCAGUCCAGAAGGGCAGUUACGAGAAUUGUCGCAGAUGAUAGCACUUAGAAUUUAG